CCUCUGUGUCUUGGGAACCGGGCCCUUUUCCCAAUGGGCCACUUUUGUCUUAUGUCCUGCGUCUGCAAGGGGCUGAUCACUCCCAGCUUAAGGACAUACCAGCCUCGGAAAACACGGAUCACUACAUGUUCCAAAAUCUCGAGCCGAACAAGAAUUAUUCCAUUAGCGUGACCAUGAGAAACGGAGUUGGAGAGGGACCUCCUGCGGUAACUUACGUCAUGACAACUCCAGAACCGGCUGUGAAAGACACGCAACAACCAAUUUUAAUUCUCGGAGGGCAGCAUGUAGUUAUGAAGCAGGACGCGGACAUGUUGGACGAUCCCAGCGUGGUUUACGAGAACACGAGCACUAUCCGAGGAGUCGCGAUCCACGUGGCUUCGGCGCAGCUCUUCAUUUCCGAUUCCUUGGGAUACGUGUACAGAACGUCCAUCACGAAACGAACGAAGCCCACGGUGAUACUCAGUCCCAGCCAGGCAAACUUCAAGCCUCUCAGCUUAUCGGUCGAUUGGCUGAACCUUCAUCUGUACAUUCUGGGCGAGGUGAAACGCGCGACAACGGUUUGGCAGAUAGCUAGAUGUAAUCUGGAUGGAAGAGGCCUGACUGUGGCCGUGGCUGGUCUGUUAACACGACCCACGCACAUCGAGGUGGACCCGUACAAUGGUUACUUAUUCUGGGUCACCAGGGGCGGUUUAUACCGAUUGGAUCUGGCUGACAUAAGUAACGGAGUGAAACACGUG